AACACCUUCUGCAUUUUCCAAGUCUUCACCUUCCCCAAUUCACACUCAAUUCUUCCCUUUCACUUUUCUUUCUCCAUUGAAUCAUUCGAGAAAACCCUUUAAUCAAAAACCCAAAUAACAAACCCUAGUUUUUCUAGGGAGAGAUAGUCUCAAAAGGGCACUUUUUGUUUGUACAUUAUGCAUAGAUCAGGACCUACAAUGGCUUGGAAUGUAUUCAAAUUCUGUACUGUUCUUCGUAGUCUUGGUUCUAUUAUGAUUCUCUUAGUUUUAGGUGUUAUUGGUGUUACUUAUUAUUCUCUUGUUCUUAACAAUUACGGUCCUCUUCUUUUCAAUGGAAGUGGUUUUGAUUCUUUUGCUGCUUUUGCUGUUUUACUUAUCUUUCAUUGCCUGUUGGUGAUGUUAUUAUGGAGCUAUUUUUCUGUUGUCCUAACGGAUCCAGGUGGUGUUCCAUCAAAUUGGAGACCUUUCAUUGAUGAAGAGAUAGGAGAUACUGAUCCAUUAACUGGGGGUUCAGAAUUUGGUUCUGGUUUACCAGGAAAUACAAGUGAUUUGAAUAAUAAUUCGAGAAUUCGGUAUUGCAGGAAGUGUAAUCAAGUCAAACCACCUCGUUGUCAUCAUUGUUCCAUUUGUGGGAGGUGUGUAUUGAAAAUGGAUCAUCAUUGUGUUUGGGUUGUUAACUGCAUUGGUGCUUUGAAUUACAAGUUCUUCCUUCUGUUUCUGCUUUAUACAUUUCUGGAAACUACUCUUGUUGCCUUAUCAUUGUUGCCGAAUUUUAUGGCCUUCUUCGGUGAUGAUGAGAUACCUGGAACACCAGGAACCCUUGCAACAACUUUUCUUGCUUUUGUACUGAACUUAGCUUUUGCAAUGAGUGUUAUGGGAUUUCUGAUCAUGCACAUUUUGUUGGUUAUUGCUAAUACGACCACUAUUGAGGCAUACGAGAAGAAGACCACUCCAAAAUGGCGUUAUGACCUUGGGCGGAAGAAGAACUUUGAACAGGUGUUCGGGACAGACAAAAGAUACUGGUUCAUCCCUGCAUAUUCAGAAGAGGAUUUAAGACGAAUGCCAGCAUUGCAGGGUCUUGAAUAUCCAUCAAAACCUGAUCUAGAUGGACAGGAAUUCUAACAAUCUUCUUAGAACAUUGCUCGCUAAAACUUCCCAUUUUGCCCCAUAGCAGCGAAACUGGGGUCUGACCGAAAUAUAGAGCUUAUACUUCUCUCCCGCAUUAUUCACUUACAAAUCUAUUUGCCACGAUGACCACUACUACCAGCUUCAUCAGUGUUCUGGUACACACGGAUUACUGCCUAACUUUUCUCUCGUCUGACCCAAUUAUGUAUUGUGUGGGCUGCAAUCGAAAGAAGACUGCCUGAGCAUGGAGGAAUUAGGAAGAGAUCAUUGUAUGAGAAAGAAUGUCAUUCUUCAUGAUUUCAGUUCGAAUUAUCUUUUGGGGAAACCUGGAAGGUACUGAGAACGUGUCAGGGUCGAAAUAUGUCACUGAGCAUAAUGCUAGUCUGUUACUAUUAGAUGUCAAUGAAUUAAAAAUGCAAUUAAUGUUACUUAUUAUUUUCCUAUAACAAUCAAUUUUUGAACUUGUAAGUUGUAUCUUGUU